CACCGUGACUAAGGUACCGAGUGUAUCUACUUGGCAGCUUAAUGUCCUUAUUUUCUCCAUGUUCCGGUAUUGAUAUCAAUUAAUUUGUCGACGUCGACAUACUUGGUGCCUUCCAUCAAAUUCAACUUCGGAACUUCGUCAAGAUGCGUCUUGGCGCUGGCAUGGCGUUGGGUGUGGCGCUUGCUAAAGCAAAAGAACUCCAAGAACCAGAUCUGAGCCAAUUUGUUUUACCAUUCACUGGCUCUGUCAAUGGAGGUAAUACAUUCCCCGGCGUCACUUUGCCCUUCGGAAUGGUAAAGUUGGGGCCCGACUUAUAUACCGGAUCCGAUAGUUACUCGGGUUACCAAUCGACCGGGAGCUUUGCCGGCUUUAGUCUGUUGCACGAGAGCGGCACGGGUGGUGCCCCCAAAUAUGGAGUUGUUGCACAGCUACCAGUCCCCGGUACAAUCGACAACCCAUUAACGAACCACAGCGUCGGCCGAAGCCAAGAUGAUGAAGCGAGUCUCGGCUACUACAAGUCAAGCUUGUCCAACGGCAUCACCGUCGAGUUAGGUGCAACUGGCAAGGCUGGCCUGUUCAAGUAUCAGUUCGCCGAACACGAGAGCACUCCAAAUGUCAUCGUCGACGUCUCUCACGUUCUUCCUUCUUUCAGGGGUUUGGGUUGGGGCCAGAAUUAUCUUGGCGGCAACAUCUCCGUGACGACAACAGACGGAGGCGUUCGUUAUCAAGGGUCUGGUUCUUAUGACAAUGGCUGGAAUCGCGCACCAAAGUGGACUGUCCAUUUCUGUGGAUACUUCGACCAGCCAGCAACAUUCAAAACCUUCCUCGGCCAAAACUCAUCAGGCGAAGAUCUAGCAGACUACAGCGAAGCAACCACACAAGCCUCCGAGGCACGGCUGGGAGCUGUCUUUACGUUCGAUAGCACCGAAGUCACCUCCAGAGUGGGAGUGUCGUUCAUAUCAGCCGAUCAGGCCUGCGGAAAUGUCGAUAAAGAGAUACCGGCAGGGACCUCCCUCGAGACCUUGGAGAAUGAUGCGAAGACAGCCUGGAACGGCCAGGUGCUAUCCAAGAUCACCACGACAGAUACCUCCAACGCAACAAGACUGCAGCUCCUCUAUUCGUCAUUGUACCACAUGUCGAUCAUCCCAACUAAUAAGACGGGCGAAAACCCCCUUUGGUCAUCAAGCGAGCCUUAUUACGAUGACAUCUUUACGUUCUGGGAUUUGUUCCGCUGUAGCACGUCUCUGAUGCAUAUUCUGCAACCUGUGGCUUACGAAGAAUUUAUUCGCUCCCUCAUCGAUAUUUGGAGACACGACGGCUACCUCCCCGAUGCACGAUCUUCGUUUUUUAACGGCGCGACACAGGGAGGCUCCAAUGCGGAUACUGUGUUGGCCGAUGCUUAUGUAAAGGGCGUUCGUGGUGCUGUUAACUGGGAAGAUGGAUUUUCAGCUAUGGUUACCGAUGCCGAGGUGACACCGCCGAACAAUGAAGACCCGAGAGAUACCACUUCCUCGACGAAGGAAGGACGAGGUGCGUUGCCAGACUGGAUCGACCACGGCUAUAUUACGACAAAGUAUGGCCGGUCCGUAAGCCGUGCCAUCGAAUAUGCCGGAAACGACUUUGGUCUCUACCAAGUAGCCAAGGGGCUUGGAAAAGAUGAGGAGGCACAAAAAUACCUCAACCGGUCACGUAACUGGCGCAACCAGUGGAACCCGGAGAUGGAGGCGUUGGGCUUUACGGGUUUCCUCGGCCCUAUUGACGAGGACGGCAAAUUCAUAGACCAAGACCCGCUCGACUGUGGCGGUUGCUACUGGAAAGACGACUACUACGAGGGCCUCCCGUUCGAGUACUCGUUCAAUGCGCACCACGAUAUCGAUAAGCUAAUCGAGCUCUCUGGUGGCACGGACAAGUUCGUUGCACGUCUCGAGAAGCUUUUUGAGGGUGGCGUAAGUGACGGGAACUCCCAAUUCAACCACACCCUCUUCAAUCCGGGCAACGAGCCCAGCUUCACAUCUCCGUACCUAUUCAAUUACGUCGGCCGCCAGGACUUGACCGUCAAGCACAGCCGUUACGUGGCCAACAGCUUCUACGCCCCGACCCCUCGCGGGCUCCCCGGAAACUCGGACGCCGGCGCCAUGGAGUCGUGGCUGCUGUGGUCUAUGAUUGGUCUGUACCCCAUGACGGGCCAGACCACGUUCCUGAUCGGCUCGCCCUGGUUCACGAACCUGGUCGUCAACCUCGGCGGCACCAAGAAGCUCGUCAUCACCACCACGGGCGGCGGCAGCGACUCGUACUAUGUCCAGUCGCUCAGGCUCAACGGGCAAGUCUGGGACAAGGCGUGGGUCACCUGGGAGGAUGUGUUUGCCAACGGGGGCAAGCUAGACUUUGUGCUAGGCCCCGAACCUGCGGACUGGGCUACUGGAGCUGCGCCGCCGAGUCCUGCGACUGAGGGAUCGUAAGUUGGGUAUAUACGUUGACCGGUUGGUAGGUAAGGCGGAUGGUAUGGAUAUAUAUGUCUAUCGGCCUACCUACCUCCCUGAAAAGAAAAUAAUAGGUACUUGAAUAGAAAGAUUUGAAUGCAGAUACGAAGGAGGUUUUGAUUCAUGUAUCUUACUUGGAUUGGGAUUCGGUGUAUAUGAUAGUACGGGAUAUAUAUGCCCAGUAUAUAUCUGAAAGAAAU